AUGACGCGCCAAAAGGAAGAAGAGUUUCAAGUGGCUGAUAUGCCUAAUCUGAGUGGCUAUGUUGCAAUUGUAACAGGCGGCAAUUCUGGCAUUGGAUACGAAACAACGCGAGAGUUGGCUAAUCAUGGAGCCCGAGUAUAUAUCGCAAGCAGAUCUAAAACCCGUGUCGAUGAGGCAAUCAGGGCGAUGAAAACCGGAAACAGUGGUCUAGACAUUCACUUUCUCAAGCUAGACUUGCAAGAUCUUCAGAGCAUCAAGACUACGGCUGAGAAAUUUUCGCCAAAGGAGACCCGUCUUGAUAUACUCAUCAAUAAUGCCGGCAUAAUGGCGUGUCCUUACGAGCUAACCAAGGAUGGAUACGAAUUGCAGUGGCAAACUAACUUUCUCGGGCACCAUGCUUUCACAAUGUGUUUACUUCCUCUUCUACGUUCGGCUGCCCAAAGUAGCCACAGCAGAGACCGAGUGAGAAUUGUAAACGUCUCAAAUCCAAAUCUGGCUGAUGUGAAAGGAGUAACCGCCCCAUGGAAACGUUACGGUCAUUCGAAGCAAGCCAGUAUCAUUGCUGCCAAGGCAAUCACAGACCGUUACAAAGCUCUCGGCAUUACAGCUUAUUCUUUACAUCCGGGCCUAAUCAAGUCAAAUCUCCAGAGCCACGAUACUUCCUUUCUCGGCAUGUUCUUGUAUUGUGCUACAAGCCCCAAUGCUCCCUCAUAUGCUGGCCGCUAUUUCACGCCGUUUGGGAAGGUUGGAACGAAGGAAAACAAGUGGCUGGAUGAUGCAAAAUGUGUCGACAGGCUUUGGACGCUCGCAACUAAUCAGCUCAGGGAUCACGGGUUUGUAAUCGACGAUAAUGCUGGUAAAUGA